GCAGAGCAAUCGAUGCAGAUAUAUCGAUUGACAGCCAGCAGGAAGUUCCCUGCACCGUCAAUAAACUUAUGGAGCUGAAGGUCUGGACCCCGUGAUAACACAGCCCCUGCCUCUCCGGUGCCAUGUCUUCCUCCUCAGCAUCUGUGAGUUGUGGGGCCGGUGGUGGGGAUACGGCCCGUGCAUUGGAGCAGGCUGUCCUGGCGUCUGAUCGCUACGCUAGACUCAUCCUGGAACAGAUGAACAAGAUGCGGCUCCGCCAUGACUUCUGUGAUGUGGGGCUGAAUGUGGGAGGUCAUAUAUUCAGGGUACACAGACUUGUACUAGCUGCUAGUAGCCCAUACUUCUCUGCACUUUUUUCUGGAGGAAUGAGAGAGUCAGAAAAAGAAGAAGUCCAGAUUCUCGGAGUUGAGAGAGAAGUCUUUGAGGUUUUAUUGGACUUCAUUUACACAGGUACUGUAAACUACAUUGUGGAAAAUGUACAGGAGUUAAUGGUAGCAGCAGACAUGCUUCAGCUGACUGAAGUAGUGUCUAUCUGUGGAGAGUUUCUGAAGGGUCACAUUGACCCAUCCAACAGUGUGGGGAUAUUUCAGUUCUUGGAGCAGAUUUCCUGUAUGGACAUGCUUGAAUUCACGGAAAACUACAUUCAUGUUCACUUUUUGGAAGUGUGUACCACUGACGAUUUCAAGGGGCUGUUAAAAGAUCAGUUGGUGAGGCUGCUCAGAAGUGAGGAGUUGAGAAUAGAGGAUGAGUAUCGUUUCACAGCAGCGAUGGACUGGGUUCUUCGAGAUCUGUCAAAGAGGAAAAAAAUACAUUGUGGAGGUGUUAGAACCAGUACGGUUCCAUUGCUCUCCCCAAAAAGACUUUUAAAAUAUAUUGAAGAUAUUACUGACUUUAGUCUACGUGUGGCACUGCAAACUCUGUUAAAAGAAUACACCGAAGUAGCAAAGUCUCCAAAAGAAAAUAAAAUGUAUAACCCCUUACAAUCAGCCAAGAUGAGACCUAGGAGAAAAGCUCGGAAGUAUCUCUACGCAAUAGGAGGAUACACCAGACUGCAAGGUGGCCGCUGGAGUGACAGCAGGGCCUUGAGCUGUGUGGAACGAUUUGACACUUUUAACCAGUACUGGACUACUGUCUCCUCUAUUCACCAGGCUCGCAGUGGCCUGGGGGUUGCUGUAUUGGAAGGAAUGAUUUAUGUGGUGGGAGGUGAGAAAGACUCAAUGAUAUUCGACUGUACUGAAAGAUAUGACCCAGUCACUAAACAAUGGGCUGCUGUGGCUUCUUUGAACUUUCCUCGAUGUGGAGUAGGAAUUUGCCCAUGCCAUGGUGCUCUUUAUGCACUUGGAGGUUGGAUUGGUUCAGAAAUUGGAAAAACUAUGGAGCGUUAUGACCCAGAGGAGAACAAGUGGGAGGUCAUUGGUAAUAUGGCAGUUCCAAGAUACUACUUCGGCUGUUGUGAGCUACAAGGGUUUAUUUAUGUGAUCGGUGGAAUCAGUGAUGAAGGCACAGAGUUACGUUCGGCUGAGGUGUAUGACCCCAUAUCCCGUCGAUGGACUGCCCUGCCUGUCAUGGCCACUAGGCGAGCCUAUGUGGGCGUAGCCUGUCUCAAUAACUGCAUUUACGCUGUGGGAGGAUGGAAUGAGGCACUUGGUGCCCUUGAGACUGUGGAAAAGUACUGUCCUGAAGAAGAAAAGUGGGUAGAGGUGGCACCAAUGUCGACCGCACGUGCAGGAGUGUCAGUGUCUGCAGUUAAUGGGUUUCUUUAUGCUGUUGGAGGCCGGGCAGCAAGCAGAGACUUCUCUGCACCGGUGACUGUGGACUCAGUGGAGAUUUAUGACCCUCACCUGGAUACCUGGACUGAAGUGGGCAACAUGAUCACAAGCCGCUGUGAUGGUGGUCUGGCUGUGUUAUGAUGACCAAAACAAUUAAAAGCAAGAGUGGUCUCAAAACUCUUUCACACAGGAUAAAUGUGCACUUUAGGAGAUCUCUGUCAAGACAAUUUUCU